AUGGGUCCAUCCUUUCGAAUUGUGAUCAUUUACGGCAGUCAGACAGGCACAGCGCGUGGCAUUGCAGAAAGACUUGCCUUGCAAUGUUGCAAGUUGCUUCGGCUGCGCAACUACCCGGCCGACUGCCCCACCUCGCUUAUUCACCUCUGCUGUGCAAACGACUACACGCCUCUGCAGCAGCUGGCACACGAGCCAGGUCCCGUCAUUUUUGUUUGCUCCACUACCGGAUUUGGUGAUCCUCCCGACAACAUGGCUACUUUUUGGCGCAAGCUCAUGAACGUUCGCCUUCCCGAGGGCAGGACUUUUCCUACUACACUUCGGUUUGCCGUUCUUGGCGUCGGCGAUUCUUCUUACAAGCACUACAAUUACGUGGCGAAAAAACUUUACCGACGGAUGGUUCAUUUGGGGGCCUCUCCUCUCCCUGUUUCCAUGGCGCUGGCUGAUGCCGAACAAGAUAUUGGAUUAGGUCUGGCCGAUGAGUCCGCAGCUGAAGGUCUUGUGGCCUGCCUUCAGCGUUUUAUGCCCUCUUUGUGGAACACUGUGCUCAAUCACUAUUCCGACCGUGUACAAACUAUUGGCUCUCUUGCCUUCCCAAUCACAUGGGAUGCUCUAGAAUCAUCCGAAUUCAUUGCCUCUUUGCAGCCCAGGUUCUUGGUGCGUCGAGUACGGAAGAUUGAGUGUGGCGAGCUUAAUCUGAUCAAUGGCAAUCAUUACCGCAACGAGGAGGUUCUCACGGACAUGAUAGAGACAACAGUGGCCAGAGACAAUGCUCUUUUUAAGACACCUGCAAUGCCAUCGGCUGCCAGUUGGUUUGUGAUCAAGGCUAAUGAACGUAUAACGCCGAAUAAUUAUUUUCAGGACACACGGCUCAUUAAGCUGGAAGCUGAGAAUAAGGAUUUGCCGCUUGCCUUCCUUCCGGGCUGCGUCCUUCAAGUGCAGCCUAGAAACCUCGCAGAGGAUGUGUUAGGCUUUUUUAAAGUCACUGGUCUUGAUCCGAACGUGCGCAUCUCCGUACGAACGUUGACGAAAGAGCUGCAUCCCGGUCAACACAUUGUCUCCUUCACACUGCCCGGUUGUCUCGAACAGGUCUGUGCCACCGAUGGCAUCUCCCUCGCCUGGCUCGCCACGCAUUACUUCGAUCUCAAAUCAAUUCCUACACGCACCUUCUUCUCGGAGUUCGCCGCCGCCCACAAAUGGCGUCCCACGGGUACUAAAAACGACGAGCGCGUCGCAAUGGAAUACGAUCGGCUGAAGGAGCUCGGCCAGGCCUGCACUCCUGACGCCGUAGACGACUUCUACGACUAUGUAAACCGGCCUCGUAGAAACCUCGUCGAGGUCCUUGGCGACUUCCCUUGCACCACCUCCUUCAUCCCUGCCGAACAGUGGAUCAACAUUCUCCCCGGCCCUCUACUCUCGCGGCCUUAUUCCAUUGCUUCCGCCUCGCCAACUGUCGAAUUGCUCGUUGCCGUUGUGACUUACCGAACACGGAUGCUAACGCCGAGGCGAGGUUUAGCAUCGACCUACUUAGCGCGCAGUAAAAUUGGCACACGCGUGUCAGCUUGGAUAUCCCGUCCCUCUUAUGGCUUUGAUUUCUCCUACAAUCUUUCGUCUGUUCCGCGACCCCCUCCAUGUAUCCUCAUCGGACCCGGCACUGGAGUGGCCCCCUUCCGUGCCUUCAUACAGCACCAGCACAGAUCUUCACCCCAGGCCUUUAAUGUCCUUUUCUUUGGAUGUCGCUUCUCACACCGUGACUUCUACUUCGAGAAGGAGUGGCGAGCGUUGGAGGCGAAGGGCUGCCUGAAGCUGGUGACGGCCUUUUCGCGCGAGGGUGGGCGCCUUACCACGGCUAAGAAUCGCACCUAUGUGCAGCACAGAAUUCGCGAGAACCCCGAUUUGGUAUGGUCGGUAUUGGGCGAGGCUCAGGGCAGCGUGUUCAUUGCAGGCAAUGCGAAGACCAUGCCAGCUGCGGUGCGUGAAGCUAUCGUCGAGGCGGCGCAAACGGGUGGUGGGCUGUCCGAGUACGAAGCAGAGUCGUUUGUCAGCAACCUGGAGAGCUCAGGGAGGUACCAGGCUGAAGUCUGGAUGUAA